UUUAAUUACAGGUCCGUCUGGUACAGGAAAAACUCUUUUAAUAAAAAAGCUUAUAUAAAAUCAUCCUGAAAUUCGUUUUUUAAUUGUAGAUACAAAAUCCCUUUUAACAAAAUUAAUAGGGGAAGGAGAGAAGAAGUUAGAAAAUUAUUUUAAUUUGGCGGUAUAGGAAAAAAAUGAUAAUGGUACGAUAAUAUUUAUAGAUGAUUUACAUAUAUUAUGCGAUAAAUCAAACAAAACAAUUAUAAAUACAUUUAUAGUAGAAUUAGAUAAAAUCUAAUCUUAAACAGACCAUAUAUUAGUAAUUUGUGCUACAUCAGAAUAAAAAAAAAUAGAUGAGAAUUUAUGUCGAGCAGGUCGUUUAGAAAAAUAAAUAAAAUUCGAAAUACCAAAAUAAAAUGAAAGGUUAGAAAUUUUAAAUAUUUAUAUGCAAAAUUGCACUCAUAAUUUAGAUGAAGAUAUGAUUUUUUAAAUAAAUUAAUAAUUACAUGGAUUUACAGGAGCUGAUAUUGUUUCACUAAUACGAGAAGCUCUAUUGGAACAAAUAAAAGAAGAUAAAAAAGUACUAGAUUUUUCGAACUUUCAAAACGCACUCUCUAGAGUACAUGCAAGCGGAAUUAAAUAAAUAUUAAUGGAUGUACCUAAGGUCUUAUGGAAAGAUAUUGGGGGAUAUAGUAAUAUUAAAGAUUAAAUAAAAUAAGUCAUAGAAUGGCCACUUAAACAUCCUGAAGCAUUUAAAAGAAUGGGUAUUUAGCCUUCUAAAGGUAUUCUAUUGUACGGGCCACCAGGAUGCUCGAAAACUAUGAUUGCUAAGGCUAUUGCUACUGAAAGUAAACUAAAUUUCCUUGCUGUUAAAGGUCCUGAGUUAUUUAGUAAAUAUGUAGGAGAUUCAGAGAAAGCAGUAAGAGAUGUAUUCAGAAGAGCGAGGCAAUGUGCGCCAUCUAUUAUUUUUUUUGAUGAAAUAGAUGCUAUAGCGACUUAAAGAUCUAUAAAUACUGACGUUUCAGAAAGAGUGCUUUGUUAAAUGCUAAACGAAAUGGAUGGUAUCGAAGGACUUAAGAAUGUUGUUAUUGUUGCAGCUACCAAUCGUCCAGAAAUUAUUGAUAAAGCCUUAACUAGACCUGGAAGAUUUGACCACCUAAUUUAUGUUCCUCCUCCUGAUUUAUUGUGCAGAAAAGAAAUACUAAAAAUUAACAUUUUUGAUAGUGGAAUGCCAGUUAACCUUGAUGAGAUUAAUAUUGAUGAAUUAGCUAUUAAAACAGAAGGCUUUUCAGGAGCAGAAAUUAAUUUGAUUGUUCGGGAAGCAGGACUAAGUGCCUUAAGUAGAGAUAUUUACACUAGUGUGGUUGAAAAUAAAGAUUUUGAGAAUGCUCUUAAUAUGGUUAAACCUAGAAUUACAAAAGAAAUGGUCCAAUAAUAUAUUAAUUUUGCUAAAAAUUUAAAGUUUUUUUGAA